AUUUGUCAAACACCCACAAACCCCUUUUUUGUGAUACAACUCCCAACACCGCCUCUUCCUCACCGCCGCCGCCCACCCCGUCAUCUCUCUGUCUCUCUCUUUCUGUGUGUGUGUGCUUUUACACUUCUCUGUUGCGACCACUACACCGCCAACACAAUCUUCUUCCGUCAUCACCUCCAAAACCAACGACCUCUUCAUUGAACUACAUAUCGACAACUCACUAGUGGAAAUCAAAAUCGAACCCAAACAUCACAACAUACGCACACAACACACAUCACCCAACGGCCACAACUGUAACACCAACACCAAACACACAGCUAAUUCGAUGUCCUCAUAUCUAGCCUUCGGAUCUCCCCCUCUGUCAAAGUUCCGCAGUGUUCUCUUUCUCUCUCUCUCUCAGAUUUUUGUGGUGACAAGGUUUGGGGGACGGAUGCGGUGAUGGUGGUGACCGUGAACGGUGAUGUUGGCGAUGGGUUUCGGAUUGGUAGAGGCGGUGGUGUCCACGGUGGGUUUUGGAUGGUUGAGGCGAUCUGUUGUAGGUCUCUCUCCAGUGCGUUUGGAUUUUCGGCGACCGUGGUGGUAUUGGAUGUUGGUAACAAUGGUAUGAAGGCACUUACAUCAGCCGACACUAAAAAUGCUGACCGAGUCGCGGUGCUCGCCACUUGCCUUGGAGGCCAGGAGGGGAGGCAGCUAGGCCACCGCGUGAAUGAUAAUGACACUGCAAAAGCAAAAGCAAAUGCCAAAACCUUUUGUGUCCAUUAA